GUCGCCUCCGGCUAGGAUGGCCCCCCCGGGCCCGGCCGGCGCCCCCGCCACCUCCGCCGAGCCGCUGUCCCGCAGCAUCUUCCGGAGGUUCUUGCUGAUGCUCUGCUCGCUGCUCACGUCGCUCUACGUCUUCUAUUGCCUGGCCGAGCGCUGCCAGAGCCUGGCGGGCCCGCUGGUGCGGCCGUCGGGCGGCGGCGGCGGCGGCGGCGGCGGCGGGGCGGGGGCCCCGGGGCGCGGCGCCCUGGCGGGAGGCCCGGGGGAGCCGGCGGGGUGGCCCGCGGCGGCGCACGGGAAGCGCCUCCUGCAGCUGCAGCGGUGGCGGAGGCGCCGGCCGGCCGUGCCGCGCGACGACGGCGAGGAGGCGGCCUGGGACGGGGAGCCCCCCGGCCUGGCCGGAGGUCCCGGCGGCUCGGGGGCCGGCAGCAGCGCCGCCGAGGCCCCGCCGGGGACGCUGGCCCUGCUGCUGGACGAAGGCAGCAAGCGGCUGCCGCAGGCCAUUAUCAUCGGCGUGAAGAAGGGCGGCACGCGGGCGCUGCUCGAGUUCCUGCGCGUGCACCCCGACGUGCGCGCCGUGGGCGCCGAGCCCCACUUCUUCGACCGCAGCUACGACAAGGGCCUCGCCUGGUACCGGGACCUGAUGCCGAGGACCCUGGACGGGCAGAUCACCAUGGAGAAGACGCCCAGUUACUUUGUCACCCGCGAGGCGCCCGCGCGCAUCUCGGCCAUGUCCAAGGACACCAAGCUCAUCGUGGUGGUGCGGGACCCGGUGACCAGGGCCAUCUCGGACUACACGCAGACGCUGUCCAAGCGGCCCGACAUCCCCACCUUCGAGAGCCUGACGUUCAAGAACCGCUCGACGGGCCUCAUCGACACGUCGUGGAGCGCCAUCCAGAUCGGCAUCUACGCCAAGCACCUGGAGCACUGGCUGCGCCACUUUCCGCUCGGCCAGAUGCUCUUCGUGAGCGGGGAGCGGCUCAUCAGCGACCCGGCCGGCGAGCUGGGCCGCGUGCAGGACUUCCUGGGCCUCAAGAGGAUCAUCACCGACAAGCACUUCUACUUCAACAAGACCAAGGGCUUCCCGUGCCUCAAGAAGGCCGAGGGCAGCAGCAAGCCCCACUGCCUGGGCAAGACCAAGGGCAGGACCCACCCCGACAUCGACCGCGACGUGGUGCGCAGGCUGCGCGACUUCUACAGGCCCUUCAACUUGAAGUUCUACCAGAUGACCGGCCAGGACUUCGGCUGGGAUGGGUGACAGUGUAAUUUAAAAAGAAAAAAAAAUAUCAAAAUAUAAUAUAUUUUUUUACCGAUCGGUAGAGAAAUGGCAGUUUACUAUUUGUGCUGAAAAUGUUUGUUUCGGUAUUUUUUUUUUACCACCCCCCCCCCCCCCCCAGGGAAUGUUAAGAGCAUUCUGGCUUCCGCCCCCAUCUUCAUGGCAUCACCAGCACCCAAUAUUUGGAUACACAAACAAGCAAAAAAUACUUUUUGCAUUUUUUGAUUUUUUUUUGUUGUUGUUGUUUUAAUGUUUUAUAUACAUAGUCCUAAACUAGGAGCAUCGGUCACCAUGAAAACUUUUAAGAAAAUCCUAAGGGUAAAUCAGUCCUCUCUCUGUUUCUGUCUCCAUCUCUCUCUCUCUCUCUCUCUCUCUCUCUCUUCUCACGGGUCCCAGAUAAAACUCUCUCUCCUUACAUUUCCUCCCUUUUAAUUUUUUUGCCCGUGCCACCUCUUCAAAACCGUUUCCUGAUUAGUAACACGGCACGCUAACCACAGUGCUUUCAAAUAAAACUUAACCUUCUUCCGUCUUUCUGCUAUGUGGUGUAAGAACGUAGCACAUAGGGAUUAGGAUCCCCGUUUUACAGAUAAGGAAACUGAGUCUCAGGGAGGUUUUACAUGACUUAUCCUAAUAAUGUCAGAUGGUUGACCUCAGGCCGAACCCCAUCUCUCACUUGUUCCCUUUUUCAUGCCACUUCUUCCAGAGAGAAUGAGAAGUCAGCGGUGUAUACUCUUAGAAGCGGUUAGCUGGGGUGGGGAUGGUCUGAUAUAGGACAGAGAGGGUUGCCUACUGUUCUCUGAGGCCUCAGGGUAGCCUUAUGACACUCCAUCACGAGGAGUCACCAGUGGUCAAGGACACCACUCGGACCAGGACACAGUAUCUUUUAAGAGCCAGUCUGGGCUCCUUGAAGUGCCCGGAGAUGCGGAAUUCUUGUCUUGGCUGAGGUUGAGAGAAAUUAUCAGAGUCUUAGCUGGAGAACAAGAUGGACAGUCACACUAGGAGAAGGAUAAAAAGGGUAGGAGCAUAACUUACCUAGUUAUGGUUUUGAUCAUCUUUUUUUUUUUUUUUUUUUUUUUAAGGAAAAACGCACUUCAGUAAGAGCUUAGGAGUAUGAAGCUCUUUUUGCUGUACCUCUUUUUUAACAAAGAAAAUCUGCUUCUCUUUGUAAUAUCUCCUUUCUAAUCUUGGAGUUAACACUAAAAGGAUGAAUAAAUGUCACUAUUUUUUUUUUUCGCAUGGCUGGAGGACCGCCACUUCGUCACUUUAUUUUUCCCCACUUCCCUGUUUGUUCCAUGUUUAACCGAAUGUUCGUUAAUGUUUGGAAAAUAUUCUAAGAAAUACAGAUGUGGGUAAAACGGAGGUUUUUUUUUCUUCUCCUAUUUCUCUCAUCCCUCGUUUAAAUAGCUCAAAUAAAUCAAUAGUUUUAUGAAGAGUAUUCCUUUCCUCUCCAAGUGGGCAUUAACAAGAUUAGCAUUAAUGGGAAUUAAAUUGGUUUAGAGAGAAGCACAUAUGCACGAAAUAUAUAAAACGUUUAUAAUUAGUCUGUCAGCAACAUUUUAUUACAGGUUUAAACCCAUGAGGAGAAUGUCUCCUAUCUCGUGUUAAGUUUUCCAUGUCUGCCAAAAAUUUAAAGGACCAGACACUACGGUAUUGCAAAAUACUCUUUUUUUCUUCAGUGUUGUGAGUCCAAAGAAACUAAAGUUGCUGGAAAAUACACAGUGCAAAUGUGCAUCAACCAUAAAUGGUCUGCAUCAGGGGAAGAAAGGCAUUCCUGAGGAGCCCAACACAGGAUUAAAAUGCAGAGAAAAAAUUAUUAAGUUUCUAGGUAUUCCAGCAUUGCUCCAGACCUUUGAAUUUCUGUUGUGGAUAUCCCAUUUAUGAGAAUUACAAAAAAAUAAACCAAACAAACCAAUUCCGGGUCUCCUUUGCCCAGUUGGUUUCCUUCCUUUCUGGUGCCCUUAAUUUUCCAAUGCAACACCCUGGUUUUGUUGUACUUAAAUCAUCACUUUUAGAAACAAGAUACUCACCUCAAACUCUUUGCAUCUUUUAACUUGUUUUGUUUGUGUCUCUGAUCCUUUUAUAAGCAUUUGCUUGGCAAUAUGCAAACGUAGCUUGCACAAGGAAACACGUGCAUCUAACAGUUGUAUUGGGCAAUCCUCCUCUUUCUGUGUUAAGAAAUAAUAAAAGAACAGAAUUGAGUUCAAAGCA